GCCAUGCAUUAGCUUGCUUAGUGGUGAUUGUCGUUGCCUUUAACGCAAGUCUACGGAUGAACUCUGCCGCAAUGUCCUUCCUAGAGGAAUUGAGAUGGUGACAUGAGGAACGAAUGAUCGAAUCGGACGCAGCCAGCGGGCGGGCAUUAUAAGAGGGAUGAAAGCCCUGCAUCCCCCAGUGUGACAUGGAACGCCGGUGAGUUAAGAGCAUUUGUGGAGAGGGUCUUGCUGCUGCUGUUCAUGCUGCUGCUUCUGCUGCUGUUCGUCCGUGGGAGACUUGUAAAUAAGAUUGUCAGCAACUAAGAAUAACGAGAGCAGAACCAACACCCCAAGUGGUUCGUUCAUGGAAUCGAACCUUAGCCCGAUGGAAAAGAGUGGUGGCUGGGGGAACUGUGCUGAUCAGAAGAACGCUACAAAUGCUACAUCUAGAGAAUCAAAACUCAGCCCGGUGAAAAACAUCAACAACUUGAAAAACUCUGUAGACCAGAAGAACGUCAUGAAUGCUCCGUCAAGGGACUCGAACAUGAGCACCUUGGAAGAAAGCUGCUGGUGGGAGUCAUGUCCGGACAGAGAGCGGCAUGGGCCGUUCAUUAAUGCAGUGCUCGCUAUGCUUGUGGAAAAUGCUGUAUUUAAAGGAACGAAUCGACAGCAGAAGUUGAUCGAGUGGCAGGACCCGGAGGAGCUGAAAAAGAAGAUGAGUUUGUGUUUGGCUGAAGCCGGCGUGACGCAGGGCGAGCUGCUGGCCUUGCUGACCCAGGUGGUGAGAUACAGCGUCAAGACUGGCCACCCGUACUUUAUCAACCAGCUCUUUUCAGGGCUGGACGUGUACGGACUGGUGGGUCAGUGGGUUACGGACGCUCUCAACCCUUCCGUGUACACCUACGAAGUGGCACCCGUGUUUACCCUCAUGGAGAUAGAGGUUCUGUCAGUCAUGGCGUCCCUUGUUGGCUAUACCAAACACGAUGGACUUUUCUCACCCGGAGGUUCCAUCAGCAACAUGUAUGGAAUGCUCCUGGCCAGAUACCGCGCCUUCCCUGAAGCCAAGACAAAGGGUAUCAGUGCUCUGGGUCGCCUAGUUGCCUUUACAUCGAUUGACGCUCAUUAUUCCCUAGCGAAGUCUGCCAUGACUCUAGGCAUUGGCAGUGAGAACCUCAUCCUUAUACGCACAGAUGAGGCAGGGAGAAUGGAUGUAAAUCAUCUUAAAACAUGCAUUGAGGAGGAGAAAAAGAAAGGGUCAACAAUCAUCAUGGUGUGUGCGACAACAGGAACAACUGUCCUUGGCGCCUUUGACCCGGUGGCUGCCAUUGCCGACGUGUGUGAGGCGGAGGGCAUCUGGCUGCACGUUGACGCGGCGUGGGGUGGUGGGGCGUUAGUCAGCCCGGCCCUGCGACACAAGCUGCAUGGUAUUCACAGGGCUGACAGCAUAACGUGGAACCCACACAAGCUCCUUGUAGCACCCCAGCAGUGUUCUGUGUUCCUGACGAGACACACCGGCAUGCUGAAGGCCUGCAACUCUGCCUCAGCAGCUUACUUGUUCCAGAAGGACAAGUUCUACAACACAUCCUAUGAUACAGGAGAUCAGCAUCUUCAGUGUGGGAGGCGUGCUGAUGUGCUCAAGUUCUGGACCAUGUGGAAGGCCAAAGGAACAUCUGGGCUGGCGCAGCAUGUUGAAAAAGUAUUCAGCCUGGCGCAGGAGUUUGCUGGGAAGGUGAGUCAGCGCACAGGACGUGGAUGGCGGCUGCUACAGGACCCUGAGUGCACCAACGUGUGUUUCUGGUACCUGCCGCCCGCCGUGCGUGAUGUCCCUGCUGCCGUGCUCAAGGGGGACAUCAAGACAGCUAAUGACCAGCAAUACUUCAAAAGGGUGUCAGCGGUUGCACCCUGUCUUAAAGAGAAGAUGGUCCGUGAGGGCAGGAUGAUGGUGACUUACCAACCACUGAGGGGACGCCCUAACUUCUUCCGCCUUGUCCUCCAGAGCUCCCAGGUGACCUCACAAGACCUUGACUAUUUUGUAAAUACCAUUGAGGAACUGGCUGAAGGUAUUCAGUUGCCUUAAGAAUGUUUAGAUCAUUGAAGCUAAAGUGAACUGUAACAAACACACACUGGGGUGAUUGCUUUGAUUUGUUUCCUUUUACCUUAAGCAGUUUAAAAGCACAGCUAAGAAGUAGUAGAGUAUUUAGUUGCCUUAUUAACAUGUGAUCAUAGAACUAGAAAGUAAACAGGUCACAGUAUCUUGUAGAUGGAAAGCAACAUAACUAAAGUAUACUUCCAUUUGAAACUGGCUGAUAGGGUGUCACCAGAAGUGGGUCAGCCCUGCCCCGCAACUCUGCCACACACUCUCAACACCUCUUGCUUCCUCUCAUAUGUCAGCUAUUUACUACCUUUAAAUGAAUUGAAUUAAAUAAUUGGAUUAUUCAGUAAGAUCAUAUAGUGUUGAGAUUGAUUCAUUUUUAGGAUAAUAACAAAUAUUGAAUAAAUAUACCACGACACUUGACAACGUUGGAAUACAACAUUGUCAAGUGUCAUGGUAUUUAUACAAAAUCUUUGUUAUUAUCCUAAAAACAAAACAAUCUUAAUACUAUAUGACCUUAUUGAAUUAUCCAAUUAUUUAAUUAAAUUCAUUUAAAGGUAGUAAAUAGCUGACAUACGAGAGGAAGCAAGAGGUGUUGAGAGUGUGUGGCAAGGUGCGGGGCGGGGCUGACCCACUUCUGCCAACACCCGAUCGGCCAGUUUCAAAUGGGAAUACUAUAUAACUUAACACAUUUGUUACCAUACAGAAAAAAUGCUUUUACUCUUGAGCCACCCUGAUUAGAAACUGAAAAGGAAGACUAUCUUACAUUUACUACUCCAUUGAUUUAAUACUCUGACUAAGCACAUUUAUAGUAUCUGUAGAGAAACAAGGCUAUGCUUUUUGUCAAUUUCCCUUUUUUUUUUUUUUCUGUAAAGAUAGAUUAAAGCCUAUAAAAUAGAAAUGCCCACAACAUGCUGCUUGUUUAUGGUUUGUAACUUCUUUAAAAGAGACUAAUAAUGGCAUCAAGUAAUGGCAAUUUUGAUCUUCAGGAAUCAUACAAAUAUUAGUCUUGAAAAUCUUACAAUUAGCAACUGUAUCAAUAGUAACAAAUAUUAGUCUUGAAAAUCUUACAAUUAGCAACUGUAUCAAUAGUAGCAGUAACAGUUGUAGUAUAUAUAUAAUACAAGUAAUACUGUAGUAGUAGCUUGUGGUGGAACUAUAAUUUUAAUUAUUAUUAUUAUUAUUAUUAUUAUUAUUAUUAUUAUUAUUAUUAUUAUUAUUAUUGUAUUAUUGCUGUGGUUACAUAUUAUCAUUAUUUUUGAGCUUUCAUUCCUAGCUUAGGUUUUAUGAAAAUUAAUCAAAUAGUAACUAUAUUGUAAUGAAACCAAAGAUAAUGAAAGUAAAAAAAAUGGAAAAGAAACAUGCAAUUACAUUACUAUAAUGGUAAUAAGUAAAUAACACCACGCAGUAAACCAAACAGGGCAGGUGAAGGCAGGGUGUAUAUAGUGAGUCAGUAAACAUUAUUUGCUGCCACAAAAGAAAAAGAUGAGUUAUUCCCAUGUGAUUUCAUAUCCUGACUAGAGAAAAAAAACAUCAUCCCAAUUACUGUAGUAAUUUGGCAAUACUUAUAGAGUAAAAUGUGAAUUAGUCAGCCUUUUAGAUUGCUAUAGUUGAUUUGCUAGUAUUUACAUUUCUGUUUGAAGUAAAUGAUCCAGUGUUUAUGGUUACUGGAAGUAUAUUAUUUUAAUGCAACUGAUGUUGGAAAAUGUAAAUUUAAAAGACUCAUUUCAACUUAACAAAUAAUAUUUGAUAUUAAUAUAAACAUAAUAAUAUUUUUUUUUUUUUUUUAAAUGUAAAUGACAUAAUGAUUAAGGUGUGUGUAUAUGAUUGUAAACGCAUGAGCUAUGAGCUAUACAGGAUUGAACAGUUCAGAGAUUUUCUGUAAACAAUGAAGCUGUUCUCAAAGAAGUGUAGCUUUAGGGGGGCUUGGCUUACAGUCAAUGUUUGAUUAAAAUUCUUUGUAUCUUUGUAAAUAUAACUUUAUUUGUAAAGAUUAAUAAUAAUAAUA